GACAGCAGGGUGUGGCUGUCACUGACCUUCCCGUAUCGCCUCCGGGAAGGCAGACGGGUUCCUGUCCCUCUAAUCAGCCAGCAGAGUCCUACUGCCUGACCACGUGGCCCCAUUCGCACACCCACUGGACAGGGAGCCUGUUGGUCCUGCCAGGCAAAUUAGUUUAGUUCUGUCCCGAAACAGGGAUUCAGGCAGCGGCAGCAGUGGGAUGCGCAGAGGGAACAGACUGGAAACCUGCUUUGGACUCCGGGCCUUUAAGGGUGGUUGAGGUGACAGUGGGGGCCUGCAAGGGAGCCAGAGGGCCUGGCUGGGUGAGAAAUGCAGCCAAAUAGUAAUGGGGAUGUUCUAACCCCCAGGCGGGUCUGGGGCCUGUAAUGAAGUUAGACCCAAGAGUAAACAGGAUCAGCUGGCACUGCAUAUACCCAUGAGGGAGCAAAGCGCCCUGCUGUGGCUUUACUGAGGGAGGUUUUAUUGGACUGUGUGGGAACUUAGGCAGUCUGGAAACUGACUUGCCGGUAGCCAGGUAUAAAUGAGAGCUCUUCGUACGGCAAGAAAAUAAUUGAAUUGUGUGGCAGGGAGAGGAGGGUUCUGUACAGGCAGGUGGGAGAGAAAAACAGAACAGGAGCACCCUGAAAUAAUCCUUUGCACUGUCCUAAGCUCAGAGUUCUUUACAAAUGUCCCCUUAUCCCAUUUUACACAUGGCGAAACAGAAGAACAGAGAAGUUAGGUCACCUGUCUAACUCCCCCAGUGGCAGGGCUGGGAAUCCCUACUCCCAGGCCCCUGGGCUCCAUAUUCAAAUUAGGUUAUGUAAUCUGAGGAUUUGGUUUAUACUUUUUUGGUCUUUUUUUCCCUUCCCUUUAAUUUAUUAUAUAGCAACAUAAGCAAAAGACUGUCCUCUCCAUGCAGCUGCCUGCAGGCAGUUCAGGUUUCUCUGUUACUCUUUUAUCCAUUUCCUUUUCCCUGGAGAAGUUUGCUGAAGGUGGAGAAAGUGCACCUGGCAGGUGGAGAUUUGCAGACGUCAUGUGCUGUGUGCUGCACCCCCUUCCUCCCAGCAGCCGCACCCAUUGAAAGCGGAUGCUGAGCUCACGUUUCAGACCUUUCCUGUAAAAUAACGUAGAAAAAGAAAUCAAAUCAGUGAACUGCGUGAAGUGUUAGCCCAAAGGUUUCAGUUCUUAUUUUGAACCAGUCCAGCGUGCGGAUGGUGAUGCCUUAUACACCAGCAGGUAGCUCAGGAUUUCAAUAGCUGCUUGGUUCCAGCUCAUAGGCUGGUGCCUGGAUUUACAUUAGGGGUAUUUAAACACUCAGAUGCAUGGAGCAAGGGGGAUGGCUUUGGAGGCCAGCCGUCCCUCUCACUGGAUAACGUAUGAGCCUCCCACCAAGGGACUGUACAACCUAAUAAAGCAAGUGACACUAGUAACCCCGGAAUUGGUGCAAAAUCCAUGCCGGUGGUGGUGGUAUGUGUGCUUAGGUGUGUGAGGAGCUUUAAUCUGGAUAGUUAAAUGGUGUCUGCAAAGGAGGGAGAAUGGGAACUGCCUGGGGAGGGAGAGCAGAUAGCAGGGACGUAACCUGUGUUGCAAAGCUGGAAGUGCCAGGUGCCAGUGAGUGCUUCACACACACCUGAGUCAGGGGCAGGUCCUGCAGCUACAUAUCUCCACUGGGGCCUCAGGCAAUAGCUGAUUGGACUGUGCUCUUAGGCGGGUUGGGACGGAGAGCCAGGCCAGACCUCGCUGUAUUUCCUGGCUUUAGCCCACCCAGCCUCCUCCUACUCUCAUAGUCUGUAUGUGGGGCCUCCCGCUGUCCAGCCCAGAAGAAAGUGGGUCUGUUUGCUAACGGAGUCCAUUGAAGAAGGAGCCCCUUGCAUCACUUCCUGCUCAGGCCUUUCCCGCUCUCUUGAGAGCAGCAGGACAGAAGCCUCCUUGAGCAGGAGGAAUAAAUCAGGUGAGGAUGGCAGAGAAGAUCCUUGUGACAGGUGGAGCUGGGUACAUCGGCAGCCACUGCGUGCUGGAGCUGGUGGAAGCCGGCUAUAUCCCUGUAGUGAUCGAUAACUUCCACAAUGCCAUCCGAGGGGGAGAUACUCUUCCCGAAAGCCUGCAUCGUGUGCAGGAGAUUGUGGGCAAGAAGAUUCUUUUCCAGGAGCUGGAUAUCCUUGAUGAGGCAGCUCUGCGGGAGCUCUUUCAGAAGCACCAUUUUUCAGCUGUGAUGCACUUUGCGGGGCUGAAGGCCGUUGGGGAGUCCGUUCAGAAACCCCUGGAGUAUUACAAGGUGAACCUCACGGGGACCAUUCGACUGCUGGAGACAAUGAAAGCACACGGGGUGAGGGACAUUGUGUUCAGCAGCUCAGCCACGGUGUACGGAAACCCUGCCUACCUCCCGCUGGACGAGAACCACCCGGUUGGGGGCUGCACCAACCCCUACGGCAAAUCCAAGUACUUCAUUGAGGAGAUGAUACGAGACCUGUGCAAGGCCGAAAAGGACUGGAAUGCCAUUCUCCUCCGGUAUUUCAAUCCCAUCGGAGCCCAUGAGUCAGGAAGAAUCGGAGAAGAUCCCCAGGGAAUCCCCAACAAUCUGAUGCCCUACGUUGCUCAAGUGGCAGUGGGGCGCCGGGAGUACCUGAGCGUGUUUGGGGAUGAUUACAAGACAGCUGACGGAACAGGUGUCAGGGAUUAUAUUCAUGUCGUGGAUCUAGCCAAAGGCCACAUCGCUGCUCUGAAGAAACUGAAAGAAAACUGUGGCUGCAAGAUCUACAACCUGGGCACAGGCUGCGGUUACUCCGUCCUGCAGAUGGUCAAAGCCAUGGAGAAAGCAUCAGGAAGAGAGAUAAAGUACAAGAUCACGGCACGGCGGGAGGGGGACAUCGCCGCCUGCUAUGCUGACCCCGCCCUGGCCGAGCAGGAGCUGGGCUGGAAAGCUGCCUUCGGGCUGGACAAGAUGUGUGAAGAUUUGUGGCGGUGGCAGGUGCAGAAUCCCACAGGCUUCAGCAACAACUAGAGCGUCAGCCCUGGGGAGCAGCCAGGAUGCUGCCGGCUCACCAGUCUGAGUCCUCAGAGAGCUGCAGUUGCUUUGUCUGUGGGGGUGGGCUGGCCUGAGUCAUACUGGGCCAGUGACAUUUUCCCCUUUUAACCAGGAGCUGACUUUACUCAUGGAACAGGGCAGUCAAGAAACAGUCUAAGGCCUGGCCUGGCCUGGCCUGAGGGGGAAGGAAGCCCCUGGCUCUGCAGCAGCAGAGGGCUGAGCAGAACCCAGCCACACCUAGCAGAACUUGCACAGCUUAAAACAUCACAGCAUGACUCAGUGGAGGCCCCUGGAGCAGGAACAGACACCUCCCCCCCCUCAAGCCAUGCUGGGCUCCGGCACGGAGGGGCUUGCUGCUUCCCUCAUUGCAGAGAUGGUCACUGAGCACAGGCCUUUCCCUCACCUACCUCACGAGGACAGGACCCCACACACACACUGCAGCUUCCUAUGGGCCAGGCCAUCUCUUCAGCAUUUUCAUAUACACAAGCCCCUCCUGCCCCUGGGGUCUUAGUUCCCUGUGCAUGGGAACAUCUUCCCCACUCCUGGGGGGGGUUCUAUCUUCCACCUUGUGGGGCUUGGGCACUGCCUUUUCCCCUCCCCCUGGAGCAGUUUGCUCCCUGCCUCAGUUCCCUCACCCUUGUCUGUAAGGGACCAAAUGAGAUUUUUAUUGUCUGGUGGACACAGGAGCCAGGGCCUGGUGCUUAUGAGUCUGUUGUGUCACACUGCGCUGAGCUAGCUCUGUGGUGUUCAAUGGCCAGGCACAGGGGUGGGUGGGACGGAUUGUGUAAAAUCACCAUCCCUCAGCCCAGCCCUUUGUGGCUGGCAGCGUUUACAAGCUCACUCCACAAGUGGCUGUGGCAGUUACUUACUUACAGUCAGACUCACUGAAGCCUGCCUGGGGCAAGGGGUUGUUUUUCUAGCCCCUGGAGCUUUUAUUUAUUACAGAGAAGCUGUGAGCAGUCAGGGGCCACAGUGGCCAGGCUGUUCCGUGCUCACUUCCUACAGCUCAUAACUGCUGCUACUGAAUAAUGCAUUGAGGUUUUGACUUGCCUCAGGGGCCAGUGUGAGUCAAACUGUUCCUGCCUUUGAGAUGAGGUGGCACAGAGCUGCUGUGCCCCAGUAUCUCACUGCAUUAAAGAGACCGGCUCAAUGGCA